UGCUUGUGUUUCUGACUUCUCCUACAUACGCCAGCUACUCGAGAACUACGCAGCUAUGGAGGUUGCCACCGCUCCAUCAAGCUUUGCUCUGAAUAGACCUAUGUUAGCAUCGCCGAAUUCUUCUCGAAUUGGAGCCCCUAUCCGAGCGGUGUAUAACAAUUCUUCUUCUGCCUCCCUAAGAACAUCUCUCUCCACCAACUUCAUUGCUCCUUUCGUCGGCGGCAGCGUCUCUACCCUGUCCUCUGGUCACUUGCUUCGACCUUCUUGUCUGAAACCUGAAUCGUCUCGUCAUUUUAAGGGCAAAAGGGGCGUCUUUACUAUGGUUAUUCCUUUCAAGGGAAGUGCAUGGGAGCAACCUCCACCAGACUUAGCUUCUUACCUAUACAAAAAUCGUAUUGUCUAUCUGGGCAUGUCUCUUGUUCCUUCUGUGACAGAGUUAAUACUAGCGGAAUUUCUUUACCUUCAAUAUGAAGAUGAUCAAAAGCCUAUUUACCUGUAUAUAAACUCCACUGGAACAACCAAGGGUGGUGAGAAGUUGGGUUAUGAGACUGAAGCAUUUGCGAUUUAUGAUGUUAUGAGGUAUGUCAAGCCUCCUAUUUUCACUCUUUGUGUUGGUAAUGCAUGGGGAGAAGCUGCCUUACUUUUGGCUGCUGGUGCUAAGGGAAACCGUUCUGCUUUGCCAUCAUCAACAAUAAUGAUAAGACAGCCUAUAGCGAGGUUUCAAGGUCAGGCAACCGAUGUUGACCUUGCAAGAAAAGAAGUAAAGAAUGUGAAGACAGAACUGGUUAAUUUAUAUGCAAAGCAUAUUGGAAAAUCAACUGAGCAGAUUGAAGCUGACAUUCAGCGUCCCAAGUAUUUUAGUCCCAGUGAAGCCGUUGAGUAUGGAAUCAUUGAUAAGGUGCUGUACAAUGAGAGGAGCACUAAGGACCGUGGUGUUGUUUCUGACCUUAAAAAGGCACAACUUAUAUGACUCUCUGGAGAAUUUCAAUUGUUUUUUCUUGGAGUUGUUAGGUAAAGCACGGAUGUUAUCAUUAUCAUAUUAAUUAUUUUAACUUCCAAUACUGGGUCGCUUUUGUAAAUAAGAACUGUAUUGUAGGAAAAAGAGUAACUGUUUCCUUAUAACAGACAACUCUUUGGUACUUUGGGUGAUCUCCAUUAUUCCAUUGCCAUUUUACAAUUUUGUAUUCAGAAAGAUAACAUUCUGAGGCUAAGAUUGGUCAACUGGGUGAUCCCAUAAUUUCACAUUUACACUUGGCUACAA